CACCCCGUUGUGUCUGAUAUUGGACUAUGCGACCUAUACGUGCGAGUCCUCACAUAUACAAGAUUCCGAGGUGAUCGUAUUUCACCACAUUUUCUCUCGGAAACCCGAAAGGCAUUGAAAAGAAGGUUAUUGAGAAUAGUGGCACACGGCUCGGACCACAUAGGCAACAUACCGGAGCGAAACCAGUUCGCUUUUACUUUGUCCUCGAUGAUGGCAGCUCAGGAUUUCAAUUUUUUACUUGCGACGGAUUCUUAUAAGAUUACCCACUACAAGCAAUACCCUCCCAAUGUCAGUAAGGUGUACUCCUAUUUCGAGUGUCGGCACAAAAAAGGGACGCAGUUCAGCGAGGUGGUGUUUUUUGGCCUCCAGUAUCUCCUGAAGAAAUACCUAGCAGGUCAAGUUGUCACAGAGGAAAAGAUUCAGGAGGCGAAAGUCUUUUAUCAGAUGCACUUUAAACAGUCAGUGUUCGAUGAAGAGGGAUGGAGAAAAGUUUUAGAGAAAUAUGAUGGCCGCCUUCCAAUCCGUAUCAAAGCAGUUCCCGAGGGAAAGAUCGUCCCCAGGGGGAACGUUCUUUUCACUGUGGAGAACACGGAUCCAGAUUUCUUCUGGCUCACCAAUUUUAUUGAGACGAUGCUGGUCCAAAUGUGGUAUCCCAUCACCGUGGCAACAAUCUCCAGGGAGUUCAAAAAGAUUCUGGCCAAGCACCUCAAGGCCACGUCAGGGAGCCUGGAGGGUCUGGACCUCAAGCUGCAUGAUUUCGGCUACAGAGGAGUGUCUUCACAAGAGUCGGCAGCACUUGGUGGAGCUGCUCAUCUGGUGAAUUUCUGCAGCACAGACACAGUUGCGGGUCUGCUGAUGGCACAACGGUACUAUGCAUGUCCUAUGGCCGGAUUCUCCAUCCCUGCUGCAGAGCACAGUACCAUCAUCUCCUGGGGCAAGAGCCGAGAGAAGGACGCAUAUGAGUGUCUGCUGGACCACUUUCCCUCUGGGCCUGUAGCUGUGGUUAGCGACAGUUAUGACAUUUUUAAGGCUUGUAAGCAUAUCUGGGGGGACAAGCUGAAAGAGAGAGUGAUGGAGAGGAGUGAGGAUUCUCCCCUUAUCAUUCGCCCAGACUCCGGGGACCCCGCUGAAACCCUCAUUGAGGUGAUAAAGAUUUUGGGGGAGUGUUUUGGAUGUUCUCUGAACUCAGUGGGUUACAAGGUGCUCCCAUCAUACUUGCGCAUUAUCCAGGGGGAUGGAAUUGAUCUGAACUCGAUUAAUGAGAUUCUGCAGAAACUGACCGAUGAGGGCUGGAGUGCUGAAAAUGUGUUCUUCGGUUGUGGAAGUGCUCUAGUGCAGAAAAUCAACAGAGACACACUCAACUGCGCUUUCAAGUGCAGCUAUGUGGAGGCCAAUGGCAAAGGCAUGGACGUCUAUAAGCAGCCAGUCACGGACCCAUCUAAAGGAUCCAAGCGUGGACGUCUCUGUCUGAGGAGAAACUCAGAUGGCUUCAUUGAGACAGUGGAAAAAGGAGCGGGAAAACCAGAGGAGGACAUGUUGGUGACAGUGUUUGAAAACGGGACCAUCCUGCAGGAGUACACUCUGGAUGAGAUCCGUAAAGCUGCUCAGCUUUGGGAGGAUGACGUGAGCCCUCCCCAGCACAACAAAGAGGACGACACUACUCUGGACAUCCACCAGAAGCACAUAAUGAAUGGCGUGCAUUAAGAAACACAAAAAUGCACACUGUUCUCAACACUGCCGCUCUCAGACCAACCACACUGACCUAUUCCAUCAAUACAUGAGUAUAGCAGAACACAGUGCUGCCAAAACACUAUACAAUUACAUAUCACAUCUGACUUUUAGACUUGUUUUGCAACCCUUAAGCUUUGGAUUUGUUGGACACAUUUUUUUUUUUUACAUUUCUAGCAUGAAUAUGUUUUAGCAGCAUACUGACGGCAGGGUUUGCAUUCGGUUGAUUGUAAUGUUGUUAAAGGAUCGCCUGGGAGUAUAUUGAUAAAUGAAGGAAAUUUCAUUUGAGGUGAUCUAAUGAUUGCAUCUUGGCUUCUGUACCAGCACAUGAUUCUGGUUUCUGACGGGACGUACACUGAAAAUACUAAAAUUCUAUUUAAAAAUCAACAUCUGUUUAACUUUUAAAGGAUUUGGGUUGUUCUUUUAAUUAUUUUUGAAGAUGCCCAUAAUGCCAAGAUAGCAAAGAAGCAUUUUUAUUUUACAAUUCCACAUGUUGUGUUCAACAUAUAGAUACAGACUUGAAGAUUGGCCAUCAGCUUUAUGUCUUCUUGCUGUUAGCCUAGAUAACUCCCUUAAAGUUGCUUCUUCACAUUUCAGAAUAAUAUAUAUAUAUAUACAUUUUUUUUUUUUUGUAGAAAUGAAGAAGUGUCUUCUCUGGAGUUUGAUAGGAUGUUAAAUUGAUCCUGAUAUUAUGAUUACACUCAAGAAUCAAACGUUUUCCUGAUGAUACUUUUAAUGUGAUUUAUGUGGAGUUGGUUUUAGACUUCCAUCUGAGAUGCACGGAAUACAUCAUACGAACACUUCAAAGUGUUCUGUCUCCAUACAGCUGCUGAUGGUGCCUUAAAAACCACUCGGACCUCAAUGCCAGUCACUCAUUCUUGCUUUGUCUUUUCCUCACAUCAUUUUUCACACUUUAAAGGGACAGUUCACCCAAAAAUGAAAAUUCUGGCAUCGUUUACUCACUCUCGUGUUUGUUCCAAAACUGUAUCAAUUUCUGUCUUCUGCUGAACACAACAUGAUAUUUUGAAGAGUGUCGGUAAACAAACAGUUGAUGGUCCCCAUUGACUUCUAUAGGAUUUUCUUUUUCAGACUAUGGAAGCCAAUGGGGACCAACCAUUCAGACACCUACAUUCUUCAAAAUAUCUUCUUUUUGUGUUUAGCAGAAGAAAUUCAUACAACUUGAGUGAGUAAAUGAUGACUUCAUUUUUGGGUGAACCUAUCCCUUUAAUAUUGUUCAUCACGCUCAUCCUUCCCUAUGCACUCAUGUGACUCACAUAAGAAGGAUGUUCAGUGGUUGCUUUUUUCUGUUGCCUUAUGUUUUUUGCUGUCAAGCUUUAGUCAUCUGUAUGCUGAUGCUGAAUGAGAUGUGCAGUGGGUUAAAUAACGGUGUGUACACUGAUUAUUGUCAUCAUCUUGGUGUUCGAUCAUGGAAAGCAGUUGACCCUACCUCUUUUUUUUUAACCAAUAAGACUAUGUUAAUAUGACGUGAUGAUAAUUACACUUAAAUAGCAUCUAUUCUAUUGUGUAAAUAUUCUUUAAUGGUAGUAUGAAUGAUACAUUUUGCCUUGAAGUUUUUAGCGUUUCUGUUGCUUUUUUGUUUAUUUUACAAAAGUGAUAUUUUGAAUGACAAAAAGUUAGAAUAUAAUAAUAAAUAUAGAUUGAACUACUAUCUUAACAUUUAACAUGUCUCGUCAUUUCAUGUUAGGGUGUGCUUUUGAAAAAGUAAAGGAGCCUAAUGGUUUUGGGGUUGAAAAACCAUGGUUUUGUAAAUGGAAACAGAAUAUUUACCAAAAGCCCUGUUGGCCAUGUUGGUGCCAGUAUGUCUGGAUUCUGUCCCAGUUUUUAAUUGGGUAAAAACAGUGUUCCCUUUUGGACUGCCAUCUUCCUUCAUUGCUGUCAUAGCAGAAAAGGAAUGGAAUGCCAAAGGAAGAAAUGUGACUUCCAGAAUGAUAACAGUUAUGGGUUGAUUUGCUCUGCGUGUUGUUUUGACUUAAUAGAAAGGCCCAUAUUUACAAAUUCCAGUUAAUUUGAACAAGUUAUCAGAAGAUGGAUUUGUUUAGCUGUGUAAUGUUUUAUUCUUGCACAAUUAUGUAAAAUGUACUUUUUAAAGCACAUUCUAGUUGGAAUGCCGAAGCUGCUACUGUCAUUGCAAUGUAUUGUUGAGUUUUUAGUUUGUUUAUUAAGCAGGACAGCAGAGUUUAGGUGAGUUUGUUCAUUUAACUUUGUGCAGCAUAUUUUGUAUAAUGCAAUUUUGUCCACAGACCGAAAUAGUCACAUUCAUUGUAUUUAGACAAGGUUGAAUUGUGUAAGUGAAUAAGCAUGUGUACAAGAAACAAGACAUUAGACUCAAAUAAUAACUAUUCUAAAAUUGUGCAUUACCGAUAAAACAUUUUGGUCGGUGAGAUUAUUUUUAAAAAUGUUUCUGAAAGAAGUAUCUGAUGUUCAGUCACCAAAACUGCAUUUAC